CAACAUCGCCCUGUGCUAGUGUGCGUGUCCGUGUGUGUGUGACGAUGUUUGGAUUUUUCCUCGUUCGCAGAGCACACAAAAAAGAAGGAUUGAAAGCUUGAAAAGCAAAGAAAGGAAAAAAAAAGAUAAAACUUUUAUUUGCCCCCGUCUCUGUGCAACGCACCCGAGCAGAGGGUUGUGUGUGACAUAUCUCGUUGAAUAAAUAAACCCGUACUAUUAUCACUCGCCGUGUUUAGUCCGAGUUUAACGCACGGGCAUUGUAAAGUUCACGAUUUACGAUUUUGCAACACACAACACAACGUCGUAGGGAUUAUUUAAUACGCGUAGCGGAAGGAGAGGGCGCGCGUUCGAAGCGCACCAAAGGUCGCCGUCGCCGUCGUGAAAGGUGACGAAAUUGUUCAACCCAUAGACGGGUCGGGAAGUGAAGCGUUUCCGACGGAGAAAACCUCUCCCGUGAAAAAAUAGUACGGCGCUAAUCAACACGGCCACACGGUGGUGCCCAAAAGCGAAAAGCAAACGUAAACACAGCCGCGCAAUCCCCAGUUGCGUAGAAAAUGCCACCAACCAACAAUCGACCGGAUGAGCUGCCUCCGCCAAAGGCGGACUUUAGCGCACCGCCGCCGUACGAAGCGAACGAUCCGCAGCAGCAUCAGCACCUUCACCAGCAUGAGUACGGAUCGCAGCAGGCGGUGCCGGUGCCGGAGCUCACCACCAAGCUGCCCACCUACGAGGAGGUGCAGAUGGAGAAGAUGAUCAAUCACGAGCUGCCGAUGGGCCCGAUGGGACCGCUGGGGCCGCCGCAGAUGCCACCGCCGCCGCCCAGCAUCACCUCGAUGGGUGGCCGGGGCGCGGCCGGUGUACCGGGCGGCCCGCAGGUAACGUUCAUCGCGAUCGAUGCCGACGGGGAGAACAUUACCGCCGACAAUGGGCUGCUCGGUACGGACAUCAUGUUUGUGACCGCGUUUCUGAUCGCGUUCCUGUUUAACUGGAUCGGGUUUUUGGUGCUGACCUGUUUCUGUCACACGAUUGCCGCACGGUACGGGGCACUGUCCGGGUUCGGGCUGUCGCUCGCCAAGUGGACGCUGAUCAUGAAGCACUCGACCGACUUUGCGUCGCACGAAAACUCGUGGCUGUGGUGGCUGAUCAUGGCGUUCGGGUUUCUGAUCUGCGUCCGGGCGCUGGUGCAGUACAUUAGCAUCAAGCGCACCUGGCGCCUGCUGUCCACGUCCGCCCAGGAGCGGCUACUGUUUUUCUACUAAGCUUCGGAGCUGGAAGCUGUUUGUCUUACCAUCUUGUUUUUUUUUUUUUUUUUUUGUAGUUUUUAGAACUUCCUUUACUUGCUCUGUUCGUUUUUCCUCCCGUAUCAUCGUGUUUACAAACCGGGGGGGAGAAGUAAUUUUAAUCCAUUUCCCCUCCGUAGUUGCUGCUGUGCUUCUUCUAUUUAGAAACUACACAAAUAGUGCUUACACACACACAGGACAACACAGGUGUGAUCCAAGUGAUCACCGAUUUGGUGGUUCAUGUAUCCCGUUUUAGCGUGGUAACGAUGGUAACUCCCCCAUGUCAUGGUGUGCUGUUCCCUUCUAGACACUUUUCACCGGGCGGGGGGCAAGCAGAGCGGUCAUAUGAUCCAUAUCUAUUGUAUGGUGCAAGUAGGAUUUGGUACAGUUUUCGGGGGAGGAAGACCCGAAUGGAGGGGUGUAGGUGUAGCGAAGGAAUCAUUAUCGUAAUUUUGUGAUAGCAAUCAGCGAGGUAGAGAGGAAAAAGGGGGAAAAUAUGGGUAUCAGUUUGGGUAUGUGUUUUGUGUUGUUUUUCUUCACCGUUUCCCCCCCCAUUCCCUAGCUGUUUCCCUUCUUCUACGUGUGUGGUGUCUUUUGUACUGCCACACGAGCAAGGGCAGGAUUGUAUGUUUAAAUAUUUUAUUAGUUACAGUCAAGUUAGGGCCAACAUACCACUCGUGUGCUUGCCGCAUGCUGAAUGUUGUUGUUGUUUUUUUCUUUUUAAACGUGGGAAUGGAAAACGAAAUCGUUGUUUUAAAUUUCUGCACCUUAUUUCUCAUGCAACGAGAAACAAAAACGGCGGGCCUGCUGUAGGAUGUAUCUAGAAUGGGUAAGAAACAAUGGGAAACAAUGGAAAAGAAACGAGCGGCAGGAGGUAGGAUUGUAGGAAAGCAGGGGAAGAAAGGGUGAUCAUAUCCAACAAAGAAUCAAAUUGAAAAUUCAGCAGGAAACACUUACCAUUUGCUAAAAAACAAUCUUCAAACCUUUGAGGAAAGAAAGCCCGGAAAACAAACACACUUGCAACAAACUUUCACAACACAAUAACAAAACAAAAUCAAACACUUCUUACUGGCCUGGCUCCCACUCUGGUGGUGUUACCGCAAAUAGAAAGAGAAAAAAAAAAAUCAUAUUUUUGUACGCUGUAAAUAGUUUGUAACCACAACACAACGAGAAAUGGUAAAAUAAGGCGAGAGAAAAUGGCGAUGUAAGGAGGGGAAAGGAUCGUUUGAAAAUUGUGAAGGAAAAGCGAGGAUAACACAAGAUGCAAACACACACAAAAACAUAACGAAAAGAUACAAUAAAAUACCUACUACCUAUGUGUGUGUGUGUGUUUUAGCGCCGUCACUACCAGAUACUCUCUCUCUCUCUCUCUCUGUUUUGUGGAUAUUGUGUAAAACGGAAAAAAGUGGGGGGAAAUUGUGGUGAAACAACAUUAACUAAAUUGGAAAAACCAACGCGCGAACCAUAAGUGUGGAAGCGAACAAGAAAGAGAGAGAGAGAGAGAGAGAGAGAGAGAGAGAGAGAGAGAGAGAGAGAGGAAAAUACGUCUACUGUGCUGUAUUGUAUAGAAAAGAAAGCAUAUUAAAACAAAACAAACUAUGUCUCAAUAUUGUGAAAAUCUAAUAAAAUGAUAAAAAAGGAAUAAAACUAUGAUAUACCUUAAACAUCA